UAAUUUGGCUUUAUAUAUCUCCUUCAUCCUCCUCCUCCUCCCAUCAAAAUUGAAACUUUGGCACCAUAUGGAGUUCCCACGCAUGGAUCCCACUGGGAAAUCUCCCAGAAGAUCUUCAGAACUUCAAGGCCCACGUCCCACGCCUCUCAAGAUCAACAAAGACUCUCAUAAGAUCAAGAAGCCCCCACUUCCUCCUCAGCCCCCUCCUCGCCAACCCAUUAUAAUCUACACUGUUUCUCCCAAGAUUAUCCACACCACUCCUUCUGAUUUCAUGAGCCUCGUUCAGCGCCUCACAGGAUCUCAUUCUUCUAAUAAUAAUAAUUCCUCGUCUUCCUCAAAUCACGAUGAUCCCUUCAGUGUCGCUAAUGAUAGCCAUGGGGGUACGGUUUCGCCUGCAGCGCGUUUCGCAGCUAUAGAGAAAGCUAGGUCAUCGCCCAAGAAUAAGUUGCAGCAUUCGAAUGCUGACGUGGGUUUUGCAGAAGGGACGGAGAUUAAUGGCACCACGACGAGCAUGUCUCAUGGGAUUUUGUCGCCGGGACCCACUUCUCUAUCUCCGAUCCCGUCGAGUUUCUUCUCGCCGCCGUCAACGUCGGAGCCUGGCGUGGUUAGCCUUUUUCAUGAUGUGAACCCCGUGCUUCAUAGCAGCAGGAAUUUUACGGAGGGUGGUGGUUUCAUCCCUAGCCCUUCUAAUUACUUUGUUUCACCUCGUACUAUUGAUUUAUUCAACACUUUAUUUAGCUAACUGGUUAGUAAUUUGCUAGUUAUUGUAGUUAAUUUCAGUUUAGACAUUUGAUUUACUCAUUUCAUGGUGUAGUUAGUUUCUCAGAGAAAGGAUGAUGGCAUACACACACACACAAACAAAUUAAACAGGCUUAAAUUGGAAAUUUUGUAUUUGUUGUUCUUUUGGAGGCUAGCAGAUAGGUAACUUCUCGAUGGCAUUAUCAUUUAUCUAAUUAAUGAGAUUAAUGGUUGACGCCAUUUUUGUCACAUUUAGUACUCCAUAUGGCACUACUUGGUUGGCAAUGUAUGUUAUUGCUUCCCGUCUUUC